CUUCCGGUGUUCAUUUUUUCGUCACACAAAAACAGAAACAUGAUGGAGCAUCGGAACAAGAGUUUGGAAAAACAAGAAACAGAAGAAGAAUGUGUGGGUGACGACGAAGAAGAACCGGAGGUGGUCAUACGUACAGCCAUUCACUACCUGAGAGAAUUCGUGACAGCAAAAGGCCACAUCCUUAGCCAUGUCACAAGCCUACCGAACACUCAACUUGCAGCAUACCUCAAAGAGUUCUAUACGUCUGUUAAGAAUCGUGACGAUGUUCCAGAAUCUAUAUCCCUCAAAUAUAUUAGAGCAGGUUUGCAAAGAUACUUUGCAAAGAAAUCAAACAUUGACAUUCUCCGAGAUAAAUCAUUUGAUCACGCAAAUGCAGUUUUUGACAUAACAAUUAGACAGACACCCAGGAGGUGUCACCGACUUCUUAUUGAUUCAGAUGACCUGAAACACAUUUAUCUAGGUCCAGCAAUGAACACCGAUCAACCUGACACGCUACAGAACAAGGUUUUCUUUGACAUAAACCUGUAUAUAUGCAACAGGGGGAAAGACUUCUUACGAGUAAUGUCCAAGAUUGAUUUUGAUGUUUCGACAGAUACUGAUGGACGAAAAUAUGUAUGGUUGAAAUAUCACCCUAAAUUUAGCUUCAAAGAAUUAGUUGGAGGGUUAUCAGACAAUGAACCAGUCAUGCAAGGUUCGCAGGUCGGAGAGAAAAUGUAUGAAAGACCAGGUGACCAUAGGUGUCCUGUUGCAUCCUUUCAGAAGUAUGUUUCCCAUCUUCAUCCAAUGACUGAGAUGUUUUGGCAGAGACCUAAGCGUUCCUUUGUAGCAUCAGAUUUGGUCUGGUAUGACAAUACACCACUUGGAAAUAGUACCCUUAGUAAAAUUAUGACCAGGAUGUGUUCCAUGGCAGGCUUAACAGAAAACUACACAAAUCAUGCAAUCAAAAGCACUUACAUCCCACUAAUUGAGAAGAUGUGUAAAGAUGCACUGAAAAGAUCUACUCUCCUUGACCUCAGUCUCAGAAGAAUUAAUUCUCCGUUGACCAGAUCCAAAGGUUCAGAAGAUGCAUGUAUGACAGAUGUGUCAUCAGUUUGUUCAGAUGUUAAAGAAGAAGAGGAGAAUCCAAAUUCUGGAUUGAGGCAAGCAAAAAUGAAAGUAUUAGAAACAGUGCAUGGGUUAGAGGUAAAAGACAUUCGAACAUUUGUAGACUGGUUAAAGACAUUCCGUGUAGAAUUAGAUGGAGGAGGUUUGGUUGUUAUGUGUAGUCCAGUAGAUCAGUCCCGUCAAACAAGUAUGGAUUCCAGACAAGGAAGUUUUGACGACCCAAGAUCACGACAAAAUAGCAUAGAUGAUUUCAACAGAAGCAUUGAUUCACCAUCCAGGAAUGACAAUCGUUUGCCAAAUGGCAAUCAGCUCCUAGGAUCAUCGAGUCCAAUCCAACCAAAACGAGGAGUAUCACCUUCACCCCUUAUUAAACCUACGAUUAGCUUGACAAAAGCAGACAGCAUUGAAAAAUCAGACAAGGAAUUUAGUGUUUCAGUCAGACAGUUUGACUUUGAUACAUCCUCGGGAACGCAUUGUGCAUCUAUGGAAAAUUUGAAAAUGACGGUGCCUUCCCAAGAUACUGUUUUAAUGACUGGGAUACCAGAAAGUGUACAAGUACUGGUUCACAACAGAGAUGGAUCCCCUAUGAUAUCAGAACCAGUCCAGUCUAGAUUGUUUUAUUCCAGCAAUGAUAUGGAUAUUGCUGUAGUGUCAGCUUUGCUGGGAGAGAGGAAUAGCCUCAAAAAUAACAUUCCAAAUACAGGCGCAGAGAAAUCAGACUACUAUUCUAAGUUACUAGAUAAAUUUAAACCUAUGAAAAAAAGGAGUCUGUCAGAUCUGGUUGCUGGGACCAAAAUAGACGGUGAUGAUGAUCCUGCAAAGAAAAAGUUUGCCUCCACUGAGGGAUUGGAACCCAUUCAUGCAUCCAUGGCAACUCAAUCACAGCCUGUAUCAAAGCCUGUAACAAUUAAUACUCAGUUACUACCUGUGAUGGUCUCACAACCGUCUCAGCUACUACCAAGACACCUUCUACCAUCCAAGGCUAUAAACGCUCAGCCUGUACCCCUGAUGAUCUCACAUCAUCAUCCAUUGAUGGCAAAUACCCAACCAAUGCCAUUAAUGACAACUGAACCGGUUUCAGUACAUGCACAUAAUAUGUUAUCAAAAGUGCCAGCUUUUCAGCAACCCUUCAUCCAAAACAAAAGUAUGUACAAAAGAGAAGACAACCCUGCCUAUUUUCCAGUUCGCCCAGGACUGAUGAAAAUGAAGAUGGAUCCAAAACCAAAAUGAAAACUUUCCAAAAUCAUUUGUUGGAAGUCUAUUUUGGCAGUUUUGCUGGUAUUUCAUUUUUAGGAGUCCCAGACUAAAGGAAGUUUUUGCUGAAUCAUGGGACAAGAUCAUUUCAUUUGGGAAAUGAUGGCAAUGUUCAGUGAUUUUCAGAGAUGUGGUCAUGGUUUUUUUCUGUGUUGUAAUACACAGAAGGACUAAUUUGUUUUCCAUUACGUGGUAUGUCAUUUUGUAUGUGAAGAUCGAAGCUGUUAUAUAUAUGUGGUAUGUGAAGAUUGAAGCUGUUAUAUAACAGGAAAAGAAAGUUACAGACUUAUGUAUGGUUUGCAUUCAGCUUAACAGAGGCAGAAGAGAAAGGUUUAUCAAUGAAAAGACUUUUUGUGUAGUUUGAACAAAUGUUGUAAGAAUUUGAUGGUGUUUUAAUUUGAUUGUGAUAAAGAGGAGGUGAUAACUUCAAAUUAUUUUAAAGUAUUGUUGUAGUUAAAUGUAGUUUUAGUGUCUACUAUUUGUUUUAGAUGACAGAGCGUGCAAUUAUAAUUUAAAUAAAGAGUUUAUUUUAAACUGCUAGUUUUAGAUGAAAGUUUUAUAAUAAAUUACUAAUAUUAAAUGAAGGGUUUAUUUUAAGGAGGAAGUACUAUAUACAUGUUUGUAUAUUAAACUAACUUUUGUUUCCUUGCUUUUGUUACCAGAUUCUAUUUUUGAUGCUUAUUUUUUGUUAUGUUUUUUGUUGUAUAGCAUUGUAUAGUGCAUUUUCUUUUGAUAUUUUUGUAUUUAAGUAUAAAACAUUUUUAAAUAUUGUCCAUUGUUAAGCAUAUGCAUUUUUAGCAAUUUUUUGUAUUUGUGCUUCAUUUUCAUCUUUUAUGAUGUCAUUUUAUUACCUCAAACUGUCCUAAAGCUGUCUGCUUUUUUAAACCUAACCAUAAAUUGGGUAUUUUGGAGAGUUGAUGGGAUGUUCAUAUGUUCAUGUUAUUUGAUUUUUUAUUUAAAUAUAAACAAUAGAAUUUUUUUUAUGUAAUUUGAAAUUAAGAAAUGUCUGUUCUCUAGUUGAAUAGUUGACACAUCAAUUAGAAAGUUCACUUUCACAACUGCAGUGCAGUUUACUGGAGAAAAGGAGAAUAUUUCCAUUCUGAGGCAUGACAAAAAUUACAGAAUUUAAGCUUGAAAAUUUAGUAUAAUAAAUUCCAUAAAAUUUUGUUGUAUAUGUACAUGUCCCACAAUAAAGUGCACAGGUGAAUUAAAGAAAACAAUUAUAAAAAUCGUGUUUUCAUGAUCAUAGCUAAAAAAUGUAAUUAUAAGUAUUGAAUGCUUCUUUUUGUAACUUCAUAGUGUUGUAAAAGCGUUGACUGUGCGCACAUUUUUAGUAUGAAGCGCGGAACAAAAUGUACUUCGGUCAACGCUUUUACACCCCAAUAAAGUUACAAAAAGAAGCAUUCAAUUCUUAAAUGGUAUAGAAAAGUCUUGCAGCUAAGUAACUAUUGACAAAUA